GUCAGUCGAAAGAAUACCAUUGAACGGAAGGGACGGACGAACAAAAUGCUAUAUUAAAAUAGUUGUAGUGGGUGUUUAUGUGAUUUUGUACGCGCCCGCGCCGCUCAGCCAAACGCAAAAGAGGACGAACGAGGAAGUCACGCACAAAAUCAAGAAAAAAGAAAACCAACCAACCACACGCAAAAUAUAAAUACAUAUACGCGAACGUGCAAUUAAAAAGUAUAUAUAGUAAUUGUGAAUUAAAGGCAAAUUGAAUCCGCCAAUACCGUUAAAAAUAAAAAAUCAUAAUCAAAACCAAUCAUGAUGAUCUCGUGCAAAUGCUUGAAUUUUACUGCCGCUUCGCCGCAGCUGCAGCGCAAUGGCAGCGGCAGCAGCAGUGGAGAAGAUGCCGCUCUGCCGGCACAGCUAUCGCAGGUAUUCGUGCAAAAUGUUCCAAGGGAUUUUCUCUACUACAGUAAUUAUAUGGAUUUCUUUAAACAUGCUUAUGGUCCCAUUCCAGAUCUAACCAUAAAUGCCAUCAGUCAGAAGAAUCUUAUCUGCAGCCUUACUUUAGACGUCACCGGCCAGAGCUGGCAGCUAUGCAUCUGCAUCAAUUGCAAGGUGGUGCUGUGUGCCAAACGCUUAACAGCAGGCGUGGGCGUCGGCGCUGGCGCCACGCCCACACACUACCUCAUCAACAGCACGAUGCUGUGCAAGAGCGAGGAUCUGGUGCAUCGACGCAGCCACAAAUCCUACUCGGAGACCUUUGAGUUGAUCAUCAUGGACCAGGACGACAACGGACCCGGAAGAACUGUGGCUGCAUCGGUCACCACUCCGUCGCCGCUGCCAGUUGGUGUUGGCAUCGUCAACUCGGCGUCCAGCUUGAGCAUUGGGUCGCUGUCGACCCAGUUGCCGCAGGAUGGCAGACUGCAGCGUCUGAGUCAGUUGAAAUCACAUCAACAGGCGCGAUUGCAGGACGAGAUCAAUGAGACGACCAAGCGUAUCGAACGCUUCUCCGAGCAGAACUUUGCGUUGCUCAAGAGCUUUCGCGAGAAGUCUGACCAGGAGGUGGCGCUCCUGGAGCGUUUGAUACAGCAACUGUCGGAGCCGGCCUGUGUGCUGUUGGAUCGUGCCAUGCCCGUUGCCCUGGAGGUGACCGGGCCAGCUGCGCGUCGUCGCAACACCAUCAGCAGUCGGCGAGACUUGGGUGUGCCAACCACGCCAACUACGCCCAGUGGCUUGGUGCAGCCGCCCAAUUUCCUGGCCUUGUCUCAAGACCAACCACAGCAGCAGCCGCAGCAGCAACAACAACAGCAACAGCAGCCGCCGCAGCUUCCAAGCGCUUCCAUCUUAACAACGCGCAAAAUGUCCAAUUUUGAUACACCGCCUGCCACACCAGAAGCCACGCCCAUGAGCGUGGGCAACAGUCCCACUUUCAGGCAGCAACAACAGCAGCAGCAACAAGCGACAACAGCAGCCAACGGCGGCUCGUUGCUGUUGUCCACGCCAGCUGCGACCUCGAAUGGAGCGGACGACGCUGACGAUUGCUUGUUUGAUCUGGAGGAUGUGGAUGGACCAAACCAGGUGCAGGGUCAGCCUGUGCCGAAUUUUCCACGUGCCCAGAUCUAUCAUCACGUACAGCUGCAGCAUCAGCUCAGCCAGCCACACAAUACACAGCAUAAUUAUCAGCAGUACGUCGACAACAUGAGCGAUGCCGACGAGGCUGAGGAUGCUCUUGACUUGGACAGCUCGUUGUCGAUACCCACGAGGGCCGGACGUCCGACCGAUGCGCAAAUGCAUUUCGCCAAUUUUGCCCGAAGUCUGCCCGUGGAAAUAGCCAACUCUCCACUGGUCGAGCGUAUGAAUAACAAUGCUAAUAAUAACAAUAACAACAACGUUGUCCAGGACGAUGAGGAGGUACUUGACAACACUGUGGACAUCGCAGCUAGCAUCAAGGCUUUGGCCAAGAGUGUCCAUGGCGAGGCUGUGUUCGGUGAUCUGCCACGUCCUCGUCUUCGCUCUCAGAUCUGAGUCGCAGUCUGAGGGACGGCGACCAGAGACAGAGAGAAAGAGAGAGAGAGGGAGAGAGAGAGAAGCCCCAAUAACACCACAACGUACACAUAUUUCAGCAUAAAUUGUUAAACUCAGCUGUUUGUUUAUUCUAAACUAAAUUAGUUUGCUCAACGAACUUGAAUCAUGGACACUUGAAAGCGCCUUCAUCAUAUAACCUUAUAUAUAUAUAUAGAAACGCAUACCCUCACACACAAACACACACAAUCACCAUACAUUUAACACACCAAACACACAAAUAAUUAAGUGAAAAACUGUAAUUUUUUCUUAAAUUUGUUCUGUAUUCUUAUAAGUUUCUCCCUUCGGAUGAUCUUCGAUUGAAAUAUGUAUUUUUUUCUUUGUACGGAAAAAUGAUGGCAGGAUUAAGUGUCACCUUUGAAUUAAUUAAUUUGAUGAUGUUGUUAGCUUACACAAUGAAUUAAUUACAUUAUGAUAAUAUUAAUACUUAUUAUAUAUGCAUAAAUGCAUACCACCCAGAUACAAUUACAAA